AUGUGCACACAACUGUCUGUAAAACAGAGCACUCCUGUUCUUCCCCCACCACAUGCCAAGCGUCGCAAGAGGUCUAUCCGUCUCCCGAGUCCAGUUAGCCAAAUUCGUUCGCUUCUUUGCAUUUCGCCAUCCGAUGAUGGAUGGUUCGGUAAUCCUGUACGGCGUGCCCUACUGUACUACACACAUUAUACUCUAUUGUCAAAGCCCACCCCUCUCCUUAGCCCGGAGAGCCAAACCCUGCCCCUCCAACCAAUCGACAUUGCGCACAAUAUUGUGUCCCUCCUUGAGAUUCCUAUUCGACAUUUGAUUUCUCAGGUAUAA